CCUAACCUAUAUCACGAUUCAUAUCGUACGUGGAAUUUAAACGUGCGCGCGCGCGAUGCAAAUCUAAUUUCCCGACCAUAUCGGGCCCGUUUCCACCGCGAAGACGAAGAAAAGGCGAUUAUGUGAUUAUCAACCGAUUCUAGUGUGACGUCUCAGAUUAAUCCUGUCACACGACCUUCGAGCUAAUUGUGAUCGAUCCUAACCAAGGCAAUGUGGAUACAGCUACACUAAGGACGUAGGGUUGGGUGUAUAUAACGAAUGUUUACAAGAAUAAUGGAAUUCAAGAUACGGCUGCAACAUUGCGCUUCAAUGUAUAAAUCGGAUGAAAAUUCUAUGAAGAAUGAAAAAAGAGAGGAUGAACACUUUCAGAAAAUAUAUGAGCAGUGCAAAGGUGUGAAAGCUAAAGACAAUGAUUCUACUUACAGAGUUAUACCAAAAUUUUAUUUCAAGCUGCCAAAAGAAGAUGAGAUUUUACCACAGAAAUUACGUGAAGAAACACGUGCUUUAUUUCUGCAAAGACGUUCUAGACAAUUGCUUGAUAAUAAUGAGUUAAAGGCAUUAUGGGUUCUAUUGGAUAAACAUCACAGCCCACCUUUGUCAGGGGAUGAGCAAUUGAUUAAUUAUGAGGAUUUUAAGAAAGUUGGCAAACUGGCAGGAGCAAAAUGUAGUCCAUAUUUUACUGCUGUCGUGUUUGCUAAGUUACAACAAGGAGAUCCUCACGGCAGAAUUAGUAUUAUGGCACUGUUCAACUAUGUCAUGAGAAAAGUAUGGUUACAUCAGACCAGAAUUGGCUUAUCUUUAUAUGACGUUACAGGACAAGGAUAUCUCAGAGAAUCUGAUCUGGAAAAUUAUAUCUUAGAGCUGAUACCAACACUGCCACAACUUGAAGGUCUUGAAAAGUCCUUUCAUUCUUUCUAUGUGUGCACUGCUGUUAGAAAAUUUUUAUUCUUUUUGGAUCCUCUUCGUAUUGGGCGUGUUCGUAUCCAGGAUAUCUUAGCAUGUAGUUUUUUGGAUGAUCUCCUGGAGUUACGUGAUGAAGAUUUGCCCAAAGAUUUACAAGAGGCAAACUGGUUUUCUGCACCUUCGGCUCUCAAAGUAUAUGGCCAGUACCUCAAUCUUGACAGAGAUCAUAAUGGGAUGUUGAAUAAGGAAGAACUUGCUGGGUACGGUACUGGCACUCUAACUGGUGUCUUUCUUGAAAGAGUGUUUCAAGAAUGCCUUACUUAUGAAGGGGAGAUGGACUACAAAACAUAUUUAGAUUUUGUCUUGGCGUUAGAAAAUCGACACGAACCUCAAAGCCUUCAUUAUCUGUUUCGGAUUUUAGACAUCAACAAUCGCGGUUACUUAGAUACUUUUUGUCUUAAUUAUUUCUUUAGAGCUAUACAAGAGCAGAUGACGAUGCAUGGCCAAGAACCUGUUAGCUUUGAAGAUGUUAAAGACGAAAUAUUCGAUAUGGUAAAACCGGUAGAUUCAUGCAAAAUUAGGCUACAAGACUUACUAUCUUGUGGACAAGGCGACACAAUGGUCAGUAUUUUAAUCGAGUUUCAUGGCUUCUGGGCGUAUGAAAAUCGCGAGGCAAUGGCAGCUGAUACCGGCGAUGAAUCGUCACAUGUAUGACGAAUGACUAUUCCAAAACAUGAGAUAAUUAUUUCAUCAGGAUAAGUAAAGAUAUCAAUAUUUGAACAUGUACUUGAUCCUGGACAUUCUUAUUGUUUAGGUCUUAAAAUACGAAUAUUUAAACUUUCAAUACAGUUUAAAUAUUAAUAAAUAAAGAUCAAAACAAUAAGAAUGUUCAGAGUAGGUACAUGUCCAGAAAGCGGUAUUUUUACUUUAAUUUUGUUGUGUUUAAUACAAUAUUAAUUUAUAUCUUAACAUAUUUAAUAUAAUAAUAUAAAUGACAUAUUGUUUGUACUUGAGAUACAAACGAUAUUAGUACUGAAUAUGAUUUGUUGUAGACAGUACAAUUUUUCCUA